AUGGCAAGGGAAUCUCCGUCGUGCAACCAGCGUCGUGAAGCAAUGGAGUGUUUGCCAGCCCGGAGCUGUACAGUAACCCCACUUGGGCAUAAGUGCGUAGUCAUGGCGCCUAACCAGAAGUCCUUCUCACUACUGGGGAAACGGCGCAGUGCCCUUCCGCGGUGGCUCCCUUGGAUACAAUGUGCUUCCAAAUGA